UUGCACGCCUCGACAAUCCCACUGAAUGCCGUUGUGAGGAGUGUAAUAAACACCUUCGUGUUGCGCCCAGUCUUUGUGCAGCUGUGAAUCACCACUUUCAGUACAACCCUGUGACGUGUUUGCUAGCACGUUCCAUGCGGAUUAAACCCUUGAUUGUCCCUAUUUUGUCAUAUUUCUGGCGUCCAAUUACCGACGAAACAAAAGGUUGUUUGGUAACACGGGAUUAUCAGGAUUAAGUCUAAAUCCAGGAUUGAGUGUCGAACGGAGUUGGUUUUUACAGCGUUUGUAAUCCGGCGAUCGCCUUGCUCCAUCAGUAUGCCUUUCCCAAAGAAAGUCCUUGUCACGUGUCUCGAGAGGGCCCAGGAUGCAUCUUUCGUAAGACGAAGAGUCGCCUGCAGUGCAGUCGACGCGCUCUUGGGAAACUGAUGGAGGGGUCCUCUCCUUCCAGCGCCCAAACCACUAACAGGGUGACAGUUUACGCUGUUUUGCAGGUUUGAUGCAUACAUUUGGAGACUGGACGCUGAGAGGCAUUUUUCUCUCUCCAGUCUCACGAUCUGGGUUCGUACCAGAUAAGGAACAGUUCCCUCGAUAGCAUCGGGUCUGACCCAGCUACUCUAACCCCUCUGACUUCUGUGUCCUGUUGAAGACGGGCACCAUACCGACACGGCGCUGAAUGCACUCGCAACAAGGCCGCGGGAGCACCAUUCACGCUCAGGUCGGCCUAGGGCCAAGAAGACAUUGGUGGAAUGAACAAAACGUAUCAGUGUUACUGCUGAACGCUGCAAGCGACAGACUUUUUAAAGUUACCAGUCCGGGUGAGUGCGCCCCGUGUUCUUGAACUCCUACUUCCCGUCGGUGGCCGAAGCAGGGACUUUCUCUCUGGCCCGAUCCCUGCACAUGCACCCGCUGCCUGAGAACAUUGGCCCGACGGUUGCCAUGCCGACCAAGAUGUCGAGAUCCAACUCGCCACCUAACAACAAUAGCAGCGCCUACAUGAGCGGGCUCAAGCGCAAGGGAUCGUCGGUUCGGCGGAAUGGAGUGAGCCAAGCCAAACCCUUUAAAGUCAUCGUCCUAGGACAGGCAUCUGUUGGGAAAACAGCAAUGACUGUGCGAUUUGUUACGAGGAGGUUUAUCUAUGAGUACGACCCAACACUCGAAACCAUUUAUAAACAUCGGACAUUCUUUGAAAAUGAAUCUGCACCUGUAGACUUCGAGAUUCUUGACACAGCUGGACAGGAAGAAAAGAUAGAAGAAAAACUAAAAUGGGCAGAUGCCUUCAUCAUCGCAUACUCCAUCAAUGACAGAUGCAGCUUUGAGGAGGUGGCCAGGCUCAAGUUCCUGGCAGGGAGAUGUAAGAAGUCCAGCUCCCAUGAGCAAGCUAUCCUGAUAGUAGGCAACAAGAAGGACCUGGAGUACGACCGCUUGGUCCAGCGGGAGGAAGGACUGGAGCUGGCCCGCUCCAUGAACUGCUCCUUCGUGGAAGUGUCGGCGCGGGAGUCCUACGAGGACGUGGUGGGCGCCUUCGAGAGGCUGUACAUGGACCACAAGAACCGCAAACGGACCAGCAGCAACUCGCCCAAGUUCACGCUCCGGCGGAAAACAAGUGUCGGGACCAAACAGGACCUAGACUCCAACCCGCCCAGGCCCCGGGCACGCAGCACCAGCUUCGCUCUGACCACUCCGGUGUACACGCGGAGAAUGGCCCUCGCAGGGUUUGACGGGGGCAGCAGUAGUCCCGUGGGGAGUGAUUCCUGCGAUACCAUAGAUGAAUGAGAUUUACCCGGCCCGGACCCCCCCCAUAAGCGGUGGUGUAAAGGUCGAGUGUAUGUGCAAUCAGGACGUCACGAUAAUCGUUUUCAUAUAUGCAACUAUGUUUUAUGAAGAAUUGUAGCUGGCAUGGCCCUAGGGCGAGUUAGCGUACAUGGAACUGUUGCACUGAAAUUAUAAAAGUUGAGGAUGAUAUCCGCCUUAAGUAGAAGCACCCCCUCAUUGGUUGAAAAUAGCCAUAUUCGUCCGGAGUGCUCAUAUUGCUGGUAGCGACGCGGCGUAACACGUGCUGUAUACAUUGUUGUUUAUGAACCAGGGAACUGCAGUUCCGACCAAAGAAGCCGCUGUUCCCAGGAAAACUGCGCCUCUUUUGGUCCAGCUUUCGGCUCAUAACGCUGGUUUGAAUUUGAUAAUGGAACAAAAUGACUCCCUCAAGCGUUGGCUUUUGGCCAGACUUUGGCCCGGUUCCUCAAUAGCAGUUUACAAAAAUGCCAAGUAAAGUGCCUCUGCUCUGAGCAUGAUACUGUACAGUUUUUUUACCGUCUUCGUUGAGAAUUCGCGCUUUCCAUAUUUAAUGAUGCCUUUUUGAAUUUAAGAUACAGUAAUUAACAUUCCUUCCAAUCUGCCUUAAUGAAAUUGGAGGAGUGAAAGAAUGUUCAACGAUGGCUGCUAGACAUGCUGUUAUAAAUGAAGGGAAAAGCUUCCAAAUCUUAUUUACACUCAGGAUACACUGUCCUGCAAAUCAUGACCUAAUCAGGUUGAGUGGAUUGCCUUACGCUAUGCAGUCAGCUGUGUGCCUGUGCAGUUUAUCUUCCUCUCAUUUUCUGAAUUUCGACAAUGAGCGCCCUCUUGCGAUGGCAGGACUGGGACUGAGAAUGUAAAUAAAAUAUGUAAUUAGCAGAUAAGUUUAAUUAUUUUGUCAGCACAAAAUUGUGUGCCUGGAAAAGUUAUGUAAAUCUGACUCUUACACAUUAUGUACGUGACCAUCAUGCUUGUGUUGCAUGCUUGCUUUGUAAACAUUAAACUAUAACUUUCCAUUUGAUUUGGUCAAAGCCGUUCUGAUCGCAGUCUCUAGCAUUCAAGUAAACAAUAAGUUAAUCUGUCACAGAAAUUUCUGUGUGUUUUACAUUUAUAUGGAAGUUUCUUUUGAAAUCAAUAAAUCAUUAUGGUUAUUGACGAUAUGCCAUGCUGUUGGCCUUAAAA